UUAAUAAUUUAUAAAUCAAUAAAACAUAAUAUUAGUUAUACAGUAUGUUAUGUAUUUUUAUUUUUUUGUUUUUAAAUGUUUUAUAAAUAAAUUAAUAACGAAAACAAAGUCAUUAUUUGCUAAGCUAAAAUAAAUAAAAAGUUUUUUUAAAUCAAUCUCAUUUACUUGAAAGUUAACUUAAGAUGAGAAACAGCAGACGUUCUAGACCUAGAUCAUCCGCUGUUACUGUCGUCGCCGAACGCUAUUAGCGCGUCUGCUGUUACUGACAAUGCCUCCGGGGACGGAUCUCAGCCAGUCGUGGCGACUGAUAUUUUGGGUAGACUCCCGACGGUACCGAAUCCGUCUACCGGCCUGCCAGUCCUAAGAGUGUACUGUAGGAAUUAUAGUUUUUUUUUCUUUCUCUUCUCCCUCUUGGUUAUUUUUACUCCCUCUUAGUUUUUUUUCUUCUUCUCCCUCUUCUUUUGGCCGUUACCAUGGGCAGGCUUGAGCCCUUCAUCUAUUGUACCGCUUAACCGUUUUAUAUAAAAAAAUGUAUUUAGGCUAUAAGUUCUGAGGUUUUUACCAAAUUAGUAAGGAUAUCGAAGAGUUGUUUCAAAAUGAAAAAGCAACAACAUAUUACCUCCCUUAGGCAACGUACAAGGAUAAAGAUAAUGGAAAGAAAUUAAUUGGUCCAAGAGGAAAACAAUAUACAAAAUAAGUCAAUUGAAAAACUCAAUUAAGACUUGCUAAUGCUAUGUUGUCAGGGAUCCUUAUCUCCAUCACACCGCUGUUAGAAACCCGGAAUUUUCCCCAAUCGGGAAGUACCGAUUCAUGUGUUAACUGUUGAUGUUGUCUUUCAGUAUGAGCCGCCCGCCAUUAAUAUUGGCCGAGGGGGAAUGGUACACGGAAUACAAGGAUGGCCCCGGAGAACCAAUCCAUCUUCUUUUCUGGAGACGGUCUGUGCCCGAGCAGGAAGUGGAAGAUAAUUCCAUAAACACCAUGCCCCGUCCACAGCCGUCGACACCGGACCCCUCGUCUCAAUCACGCGUCCUUUCGCCGGUCACGAAUUUCAUAAAGGUUCGCCCUGACUCUUGUUCGCGUUGUGGGGAUACCGGACAUCGUAGGGAGCGCUGCAACCGAGCUCCGAUUCUUUUCUGCUCCCGCUGCGGACGUGUCGGAACGCUAUCCCGACUCUGUGGGUGUCCACCAAUCACAACCCUUCAGUAAUCUCCGUCCACCAUUACUGUCCUGCCUCUUUCCCCUACCAAAUGUUAUUUCCGUUUAUGCCCGGUAUUUGGCGACCGUCUAACGAAGGUUCUGAACAAAGAAGAAUGGAUCCGAAUGUUCCGUUGGGACUGCCGCUGCUUCAAUUUCACUGUCUUGUUUUAGCAAGAUGGACUCCGAUAGUUCCUUUGAUGUCAUAAGCCUCGCUAACUCAGCUUUGUCUGAAGAGGCCCCCUUUCCGAAGAAGGUUCCAAGUCUGUUGUUGAACAACUGAGGGUACCGAUUCCAGUCAUCGUUUCAGAUUUCACUACCCCUCCCCCGAGACUCGCUACAUCGCAUACUGAUCCGCAUGUAGUGGACAAACACGUGAAAGUCACCCAGUCCGGUUCUCGACUAUCCUAUUCCAGGGCAAGACCGCCUGCCGAGGAACGCACCGUUAAGAACCGACGAUCUCCGGAUGUUGCGACUCAUUUACCGGUAGACCGAGAUCUUUGCUGGAGAUGCGGAUACCCGAGUCACCAUAGAACCAGUUGUGUCUCAAAUCCAACUCCACGAGACGUCUCUGCCCCGAUAUCAUGGGACAAAUCUCGUUCCGUUGGUGUGCAGGUAACUGUUAUGUAGGAGGCUAAAGGAAAAAUAAUGGUAAACGAAGUUUACCCUUAUUUUUCUUUCCGAAGUGAGGGGGGUAGUAAUGAAGUCAUUAGUAUUCUUAAUAAUGAUUUUAAAUCUAAUUUUCAUUAGAAUCCGGGAUAUCAAUUUAAUUAAUUAUACGUUACCAUUUUAAUUUAUAAAUCAACUCUUUGGCUUCACCCUGUAUGUAUUAUUUUAAAAUAUAUAAUAAUCCGAAAAUCCAUAGUACUUUCACAAUAUAGCAAUGGUUUUCAAAAGUCAUUUUAAACCAGGGUUUUGAAUUUAUAUUAUAGAAAAUUGUAGAUUUGGAAAUUUAUCCUUUUUGAUAUUUUAAACGAGAACGAACGUCAGCACUUUUAAGUUGAUCAUGCGCGGGGUUUUGGUAAAUAUUUUUCGAGUCGAGAUCGAGAACAGCGAGAGAGAAAUUCAUAAUUCCAUUCCGAGCGAUCGAAAGAGUCAGACGAUAACUAUAAUACCAGUGCCGCGAGCCAAAACCGUUUUGUUUACCGCAGUAAAUAAAAAAAAAAGUUUUAAUUUUUUGACGUAGCAUCGAGAUUUAGUUAGAAAAUAAAACCGAAUCAAAUUAGGUAGAU